AAAGAAGAAGAAGGCUCCUUUGUCUCGGACAAACCAAAGAAACAAAAUCAAAAAAAAAAAAGGUUGAAGCUUUCACACAAAAGUCUCUCACACACAAAGCCGCCUUAUUUUUUUUUUUAUGGCUUCGGUGGAUUGAUUCUUGAGAGAGAAUCAAAGAAUCAAAGAGCCGGAACGGAAGUACGGAUAAACUCAUCUCCGGUGGGAAUCUCAGCCGUUGGAUCAGAUCAGUGGAUUUUUUUUUUAAAAAAAAGAAGCGUGUGGGUUAAAUGAUUAGUGAGAUUUCUUGGGUAUUGAUUUCUUUUUUUGGGGGUUUUCUUUUUAAAAAUCUUUUUUGAAGAAGAGAGAGGUCAGAGAGAGUUAUCAGAAAAGUUUGGUGGCGGAAAGGGAAAAAAGAGGUUUUUACGAAAAGCAGAUUGACUGGUAGCUGAAGAAAGAGAGAGAGAGAGACUAAACAGAGUAAGAAGAGGAGAGAGAGAGAGAGAGAGAGAGAGAGAGAGAGAGAGCAGAUGAUAAACCCUAGAUUGAGCUAAGCUGAGCUGAGAGAUUUGCUUCUUUUUUUCUCUGUGUCGAAUCUGUUAAGGGGGGAAAAAAGAUCGAAGCUUGUUUCUUUACACAUGCCGGUUGAUUUAGAUAACUCCUCUACAGUUUCCGGCGAUGCGAGCGUCUCAUCGACCGGAAACCAAAAUCAAACUCCCAAAUCCGUUGGGAAGAAGAAACGGAAUCUUCCUGGAAUGCCUGAUCCAGACGCGGAAGUGAUAGCUUUGUCACCCAAAACACUUAUGGCGACGAACCGAUUCGUUUGCGAAAUCUGUAACAAAGGUUUCCAACGUGACCAGAAUCUUCAGCUUCAUCGUCGUGGUCACAAUCUUCCUUGGAAGCUUCGACAGAGAUCGAGUAAAGAAGUGAGGAAGAAGGUUUACGUUUGUCCAGUUGCGGGUUGUGUUCAUCAUGAACCCUCACGUGCUCUUGGAGAUCUCACUGGUAUCAAGAAACACUUUUGUCGGAAACACGGCGAGAAGAAGUGGAAGUGUGAGAAAUGUUCAAAGAAGUAUGCUGUUCAAUCUGAUUGGAAAGCUCAUUCUAAGAUUUGUGGCACCAAGGAGUAUAAAUGCGAUUGUGGAACUCUGUUUUCUAGGAGAGAUAGUUUUAUAACGCAUAGAGCUUUCUGUGAUGCGUUGGCUGAAGAGAGUGCUAAGAAUCAUACUCAAAGCAAGAAACUUUAUUCAGAAACUGUCACAAGGAAGAACCCUGACCCUGACCAGAAAUCUCCACCGUCGCUACAGCCUUCUUCUCCGCCGUCCGUUGCUAUAGCUCCGGCUCCGGCUAUUUCUGUUGAGUCUGAGCCUGCCAAAGUUAUAUCUUCCUCGGUUUUGCCGGUUCAUAAUUCCCCAGAAUCUCCAGAGAACAACCCUCCUGAAGUCAUCAUCGAGGAAGCUUCAAGGACGAUCGGUUUCAAUGUGAGCUCAUCUGGUUUAAGCAACGAUCACAGGAGUAGCAACAAUGGUGGAAACGCAGGCAUGUUUGUAUCAUCAACUACUUCCCCUAGUUUAUAUGCUUCCUCAACUGCUUCCCCUAGUUUAUAUGCUUCCUCAACUGCUUCCCCUAGUUUAUACACACCGUCUUCCUCCAUCGAACCAAUCUCUCUGUGUCUCUCGACGAACCCGUCUUUGUUCAGACCAACAAUACAAGAUCCGCCACAUUUCCUAACUCCUCUUCCUCCUCAACCGGCAAUGUCAGCUACCGCAUUGCUCCAAAAAGCUGCCCAAAUGGGUUCCACGGGAUCAGGAGGGUCGUUGCUUCGCGGGUUAGGCAUAGUUUCAACAACUUCUUCAUCGAUGGAACUCAGCAAUCACGAUGCCUUGUCCUUAGCUCCUGGUCUUGGACUUGGACUACCUUGUAGCAGCGGUGGUAGCGGAUCAGGUCUAAAAGAGCUCAUGAUGGGGAACUCGUCGGUAUUUGGUCCAAAACAGACGACACUUGACUUCCUCGGAUUAGGAAGAGCUGUUGGUAAUGGUGGUAAUCCCGGAGGAGGAUUGUCUGCUCUGUUGACUUCUAUAGGUGGGAGCGGCAAAGUCGAUGUGUUUGGAUCAGGUGAGUUUUCAGGCAAAGAUAUUGGUAGAAGUUCGUAAGAGGGACAACAAGGCAUGAACGUAGAAGAACAGUGUAGUAUAUAGCUAUAGUUUAUUGUUAAGUUUGUAUCAGGUUUAGAUAUCUUUUGGUGCUAUCUUGUUUUAGUGAAAGCUCUAAUUUUAUUUCCCAUUCUCUCAAGUACAUAAAGCUCCCUAGUAACUACAAAAAUAUAUUGUUUCUCUUUGUGGUUGUUUAUAACUCAACACCAUGUACUUUGAGGGGGAAUUUGAAUUCGGGUUGUGACAUUACGGUAAUCCUAUCAUUACAAAUGGGUACAAAUUUUGGUCU